CACAAAUUUCCCUACUCUUAUAAUUUUCCCUUUAAUCUCUCUCACACUCUGACUCAUCAUCUUUGCUUGUCAGAACAACUCUCAUCAUCUUUGCUUGUCAUCUUCUUCUUCUUCAUAUAUGCACAACCUCAGCUCUAUAUUCAAAGCUCUCAUCAAACCCAUUACAGCAGCUGCUUCUUCUCCUUCUUCAAAUGGCCACAGCUUUCUUAACGUCCUCCUUCAUUUUGGGCAGUUCCUCUGAUUCUGGGCACGCCCUUCCAUUCCUCUGUUCUAACAAGAAAUUGAGAAGCAGACACAGAGCACGCUACCGAAACCCAACUGGGUUUCAUGCGUUUUGCCAAUCAAAGACAGAGGAAAAGCAGAUACGGAGGUAUUCACCUUUCCUAGAAGGUGCUUCUGUGGAUGGUACUGCAAGUUUGGUGCCUGAUGAUUGGCAAGCAGUUCCUGAUAUCUGGAGAUCUUCAUCUGAGAAAUAUGGUGAUCUCGUAGCAUUGACAGAUCCAUACCAUGACCCACCUUCUAGUUUAACUUAUAAACAGCUUGAGAAGGAAAUUUUAGAUUUUUCUGAAGGUCUAAGAAUCGUUGGGGUACAGCCUGAAGAAAAAAUUGCACUUUUUGCAGAUAACUCAUGUCGUUGGCUUGUAGCAGAUCAAGGUAUAAUGGCCACCGGAGCAAUCAAUGUGGUAAGAGGUUCAAGGUCAUCAGUCGAAGAGUUACUACAAAUAUAUCACCACUCAGAUAGUGUUGCAAUUGCUGUCGACAGUCCUGAACUGUUCAAUCGGAUUUCAGAAGAAUUCUGUUCCAAGGCUGUCAUGAAAUUUGUUGUUCUUCUUUGGGGGGAGAAAUCUAGCUUGGUCAGUGAUGGGAAGAUUCCCAUUUUCAACUACAAAGAGAUUCUAGAUUUGGGACGAAAGAGUUGUAAGAGUAUGGCCGAUUCUGAUGAUGGACGAAAGUACUCUAUGUAUGAAGCAAUCAACUCAGAUGAUAUUGCUACAGUUGUAUAUACAAGCGGAACAAGUGGUAACCCAAAAGGUGUCAUGCUCACUCAUCGAAAUCUGUUGCAUCAGAUUAAGAACCUCGGGGAUAUUGUACCUGCUGUAGGCGGGGACAAAUUUCUCAGCAUGCUUCCACCUUGGCAUUGCUAUGAACGAGCUUCUGAAUAUUUUGCUUUUACACGUGGAAUUGAACAAUUUUACACAACUGUCAGGAAAUUGAAGGCUGAUUUGCGACAAUAUCAACCAGAUUUUGUUAUUUCCGUUCCUUUAGUGUAUGAGACACUUUACAGUGGGAUUCAUAAACAGAUUUCUUCCAGCUCUACAGUUCUUAAGCUUAUUACACUUGCAUUCAUACGGAUCAGUUUGGCAUACAUGGAGUUUAAGAGGAUCUAUGAGGGAACAUAUUUGACAAGGAAACAGAAGCAAUCUUCACAUCUUGUUUCAAUAGCAGAUUGGUUAUGGGCAAGAGUUGUUGCUGCAGUAUUAUGGCCUUUGCAUGUUAUGGGACAGAAUCUAAUAUAUAGUAAAAUCCAAUCUGUUAUCGGAAUAUCAAAGGCUGGCAUUAGUGGAGGAGGCAAUCUACCUUCACAUGUUGAUAAGUUUUUUGAGGCAAUUGGCAUUAAAUUGCUGAACGGAUAUGGUUUAACAGAGACUUCUCCCGUUGUUGCUGCUCGACACCCAAGCUGUAAUGUUCUUGGUUCAGUUGGGCAUCCGAUUCGACAUACUGAGUUCAAAGUUGUAGAUUCUGAAACUGGUGAAGUUCUCCAACCUGGUUUAAGUGGCAUUGUAAAAGUUAGGGGCCCACAAGUGAUGAAAGGAUACUACAAGAAUCCAGGGGCUACAGAACAAGUAUUAGAUGAGGAUGGUUGGCUAAACACUGGAGAUAUAGGUUGGAUUGCUCCUCAUCAUUCAAUAGGGCGAAGUCGUCGUUGUGGAGGUGUUGUUGUCCUUGAAGGACGUGCAAAGGACACCAUAGUGCUUUCAACAGGAGAAAACGUUGAACCAGUAGAGCUUGAGGAAGCUGCCUCAAGAAGUAGUCUAAUUCAACAAAUUGUUGUCAUUGGCCAGGAUCAACGACGGCUUGGGGCAAUAAUUGUUCCAAACAAAGAAGAGGCUUUACUUGCAGCUAAGAAUUUGUCCCUUGUAGAUAUUGAUGCCUCUGACCUAAGCAAGGAGACAAUGAAAAGCUUGUUGUCUCAAGAUUUACAAAAAUGGACUUCAAGUUGUUCAUUUCAAAUUGGACGGAUCUUAAUUGUAGAUGAACCCUUUACGAUUGAUAAUGGUUUGAUGACUCUGACAAUGAAAAUUCGAAGGGAUAGAGUCGUGGCUCGAUACAAGGAACAGAUAAACAAUCUGUUCAAGUGAAGUUGUAUCUGUUCUUUCAUGAUAUUGUGCCUGGAUCACAUAUUUCUCCACAUUUAUGAAAAUUUUCAUUGCACACUGUGGAGUUUGGGGAAGAGAUGAGAAGUACAACAAUGCCAAGAGGACCUGACGUCAAGAAAUGGCAGACUUAGCUUCAAAUAGUUAGAAACAGGAAUUAUAAGAAAAGAGAACGCACAGAUAACAGUCAUGACACCGGUGAUGACGGUCUCCACUUAAAAGGGACAUGUAAUCGUUGCCUAAUUUGACGGUGUCAGUAGCUGGAUUACAAAAUAAAGAAAAUUGAGAAACAGUGUGCAGUUCCAGUGAUUUUUUUGAAUAGGGAGUUUUAGUGAUUUAUAUAUUGAGUAAAUGUCAAUAAAGUAAACAUUGAUUUUUUUU